CGUCAAUCAAAACAUUACGACAUUUCCCACAAAUUAUUAUAAAUAAAAUAAUUAGGCCAUAUUUAAAACAAUCAACCAAACCAAAAUAAAAUAAUUAAUAAAUUUGUUUUAAAAAAUCUAACAGGGAAUGUAAAAAUUAUCAAAAUGACGGAGAAUUCUGAAGAGAUCAGAACAGUAAAAGGCAAACGGAAGAUUAAUAUUCGUAAAAUUACUACAUUCGUUUUUAUAUCUGGUUUGGCUCUCGUUUUCGGCUACACGCACUAUAGGUACGUGUCAACAUUAUUCGAAAAUGACCGCAACUUCUCGCAUCUGUCGGAGUUGGAACGGGAAAUGUCGUUCAGGACGGAGAUGGGUUUCUACUAUUCUUAUUAUAAAACCGUGAUCGAGGAGAAGCAAUUCCUGGCCGGCAUAGCUCGGUUGAUGUACGAUAAGCUGAUAGAAUACCCCAAAGACGUGAAUGCUUUGAACAGAUUUAAUAUUGCACCGGAGGUGAUGAUAGCGGCUAUGUACAGAUAUUUGGAGCCCUGGUUGAACACGUCUUCAUAUAAAGAGUGUCACGUGGUUGAGCGGGGUGGUGACCACAGCCCGGUGGAGAGCUGUAUAGGUAUAGGGGAACCGGUGUACUUCUACCUAGAGGUGAUCUGGGUGAUGGCCGGGUUCACAGUCGCAGUACUCUUCUUACAGGCUACGGUUCUCAGUCAGAGCGUUCUCGGCGGUGUGUUCGCUGUGGUUCAGUAUUUUGCGAACCACGCGGAGAGCACCCGAGUCCAGUGGGCACCGAACGAGAGGGAAAACUUCGCGGCCCCGCUCCUUGUGGCGCAAACAUGGCUGCUCAGCAUGCAGCUACGGGAGAGGAACAGGAACACCGUUUUACAAUUGCAGGUGUCAAUAUUUGUGAUCAACGUAUUGUGUCUGCUCUUCUGGCAGUUCACGCAGUUCAUAUUCUUGACGCAGACGGCCAUUUUCUUUGUGAUGGAGCAGUUGAGGAUAAUCGACGUGAAAUCCCUGUCUAUAUUCCUCCACUUGCACUUCUGCAGCCUCCACACAGCGAUACUCCUGCUCCAGGGGAACGAUAUGCUAAAGUCGUCACUAUACGCGUCAUUCUUUUUGGUAGUCUCCAUAUACUGCCUGUUCUUCAGCUCGCUGCGCAUUAAGGUUCAGAAUCGCCUGGAUUUAUACGUGGAAUCCUGGUUGGUUAUGCUCAGGGUGUCCCUGGUCGUGCUCGGUUCAUUCUAUAUCAAGAAACUGAUCAGUGAAUCGCUCCAGCUGGAAGAGGAUUCCCACGUUUGGGACAUCCUGUAUUCAAAGUUCACGGAUUAUAAAAGUUUCCACACGAUGCUAUACACUUGCUCGGAGGUUUUCGACUUCCUGCCGUUGAGCUCGGUGGGGAAUAUGACUAGUACGCUCCUGAUUCCUGCGGCGGCGGUCGCAUCCUGUGUCAUAACAUGCCACUGGCUGUCCGAAGCCACGAGCAAAUACACGAAAGACCUCGGGGAAGUUACCAAAACCACCCAAAACGCUAAAAACGAGGACGAUGACAGUGGAAUAGAGAAUAACUCGGAUGUCGUCAAGAAAAAAGAUUUGGACGUUAUGUUGAAGAAAAUCAAAGCCAAAGUCGAUACGCGGGAAGCCGGGGCCGGCGGCGUAGUGUUGUAUCUGAGGAGUCUUAAGAUAGAUCCGGCGAUAUUCUACAAUCUAUCCCAGAUGGCGGUCUACGGUGUCAUGGCGGCGCUAGUGAUGCGACUCAAGUUGCUUUUCUCGACGCAGAUGUGUAUAUUUUCGUCGCUGAUAGCUAACAGGGAUUAUUAUCCGAUUUCCAGGAAAUAUAAGAAUUACCUUCCGUUUCUGUACGCGGUCAUGGUCAUACCGGUCAUCGUGCAGUUGAGGGCGAACAUUGACAAGGAACUGGCGAAUAUUGGCGAAUUCAGCGACUACCCUCAAGAGGAGUUGUUGUCGUGGAUCAGCCGCGAGGCCGGUGCGGGUGCGUUCGCGGGCUCCAUGCCCAUCAUGUCGGCCGUGGUGCUCAGCACGAGGCGGCCGGUGGUGGCGCACCCACACUACGAGCACAAACACGCCAGACAGAGGGCGUACUCGGUGUACAAGCUGUACGGGAGAUUCCCUCCCGGCGAGGUGUACCAGGAGCUGAACAAGCUGCGGGCGACUUACCUCAUCGUGGAAGACAAGUACUGCUACGGGAAGAGCAAUCGAGGGUGCUCCUUCAAGAGCAUCUGGGACAUAGAAGCGCCUCACCUGGCGUCGCGCCCCGCCCUGUGCCACACCCUGCUCACUCAGCCGGUGGAGCACUUCUACAGGGUGUUCAGGAACGCGCACUACGCUGUGUUCAGGAUUCACGACUUCGAAGUACGUUACAUGCCGCGUAGCUUCGACACUUGACACAUAGAGGCCGCGAGCGUCGCGUCCGUGGGAGACGGAUAAAAUAACUCCAAUAUAUAUGUUGAUGUUAAAAAAAAAUGUAUAAAUGACUGAAAUGAACAUGCUGUAUAAUGAUAUCAAGCUCCCCUGUGGAGUAAGUCCUAUGUCUUGUAGCGUAAGUCGAACCGAGCAAGUGUUUCAAUUGUUAGAAAAUUAUGUGUAGUUUAGUUAAAUAAGUUACAACGAAUACUGUUGUGUUCAUGACGAAAAUAUUAAUUUGUAGAAGAAAUUAAUAAGAGACGAUAAAUAAAGAAAAUGGUGAUUAGGAAACUUUAUAAGAGAUUGUCAUGUUGCAUUUACGGAGUAAGUGACUCACUCCACCUCCCAUUCCGGAGUAAGUGACUCACUCUAUCUCCCAUUCCGGAGUAAGUGACUCACUCCACCUCCCAUUCCGGAGUAAGUGACUCACUCCACCUCCCAUUCCGGAGUAAGUGACUCACUCCAUCUCCCAUUCCGGAGUAAGUGACUCACUCCACCUCCCAUUCCGGAGUAAGUGACUCACUCCACCUCCCAUUCCGGAGUAAGUGACUCACUCCACCUCCCAUUCCGGAGUAAGUGACUCACUCCACCUCCCAUUCCGGAGUAAGUGACUCACUCCACCUCCCAUUCCGGAGUAAGUGACUCACUCCAUCUCCCAUUCCGGAGUAAGUGACUCACUCCAUCUCCCAUUCCGGAGUAAGUGACUCACUCCACCUCCCAUUCCGGAGUAAGGAAACUAGUUUGUUACUUAAAUAUAAAUUAUUUAAAUAUUUUUGACUAAAAUAACGAGAUAUAUUUUUCUAAGUGUCCUAGUUGUAUCUAGAAGUUAGGUAAGUAUUAUUGUUGUGAUCUAAUGCUUUGUGAAGGAAUAAAUAUGUUAUUAAAGAAAAA